AUGUUACAGAAUCGUAGUCUUGGCAAAAAACGAAACGUCACUCUCAAUCUCAAGAGUGCGCCCAUAGUUCAAAUACAGCCAAAAACUCCGAUAAAUGGAAAGAGCAGUGGUGCAGAUAAAGAAGGCAGUAAAUCUUUAGGUCAUGAUGGUUUGACGGAACGUUUAGCUGACCUUGAAAUUGGGGUAGAGUUCAGAAUAGAUUUACGUGCGGAAGAUUUAAAGGUUUUAAAUGAAUUAGGCGCGGGCAAUGGUGGUACAGUCUCGAAAGUUAUGCAUGUGACUACAAAGACUGUGAUGGCUAAAAAGAUCAUACACAUCGAUGCUAAACCAAAUGUCCGUAAACAAAUCCUUCGCGAACUUCAUAUCCUUCACGAAUGCAAUUCACCAUAUAUUGUGUCAUUUUAUGGAGCAUUUAUAAAUGAUGGUGAUAUUUCCAUGUGCAUGGAAUAUAUGGAUGUUGGGAAAAAUGGUGCCAUUCCAUUAGGUAUACUUGGCAAAAUUACACAUUCGGUAUUAGAAGGCCUUAAUUAUUUAUAUCAGUGUCAUCAGAUUAUUCACAGAGACGUAAAACCUUCCAACAUCCUUGUUAAUUCAAAAGGUCAAAUCAAAAUUUGUGAUUUUGGAGUUUCUGGUGAAUUAAUUAAUUCGGUGGCAGAUACUUUUGUUGGUACAUCACAUUACAUGUCGCCUGAACGUAUUCAAGGUUCUCCAUAUACUGUAAGAUCGGAUGUUUGGUCUCUUGGUAUUACUUUGCUGGAAUUAGCUCUUGGAAGAUUCCCUUUCCCCUCUGAUGGUAGUCAAUUGACUGUGUUAGAACUGUUGCAACAUAUUGUUAAUGAACCUCCACCAGAAUUACCAGCCGGAGAAUUUCCGCCAGAUUUUGACAAUCUAGUACAGCAAUGUUUAAUUAAAGAUGUUGAUAAGCGGCCAGUACCUCACGAUUUACUGCAACAUCGUUACGUAAGGACUUCUGCUCAAUCGCGUGUAGAUGUUGAAGCUUGGGCGAAUAGCAUUAAGCGAUAA